AUGGAAGGUUUAAUAUGUAUAAUAUAUUUUUUUAUGAAUGGACCACGAGGAGUUCACGCAGGAUUGAUAACUGCGUUGGAUAAACGUAAAACUACUAGUGACGAUGUUUUGGUAAUAGUUGAUGUACCCUUGGAACCUAAUUGUUCACAACCAAUUUGCCUAGGACCACUGUCUCAAAUUUAUUGUUCCGGGAAACUAAUUCACACAACGUGGAUGUUUGGAAUGCAAGAAACAUGCCCUGGUAAUAUGAUGCGUAAAUCACCAGAACUUAUUUUGGAAUUGUUUACUAAUCUCACUUAUCCAUUAAAACGUGAACAAUUUCAAAAUUUUUGUACCGAAAACUUUGCUAACAUAAGUUAUCUCAAACAAGCAACUUUGGUAGAUUGGACUGAGGAGCCCGAAAAUAUAAGACGAUUGCAGGACGCUGCAUUAAAGAAGUUUGCUCGAAAACUGAAUGAGUUAUGGAAAGUGUUGGCACGAGAAUUCAUAGAAGAAGUACAUAAAACUCCUGAGUUAUUCCCAAUUUUGCCUGUUUCAAAUGCAUUCAUCGUACCUGGUGGCUCGUUUCAGAUAUAUUUUUACUGGGAUUCGUAUUGGAUCAACAAAGGAUUGUUAUUUUCAAAUAUGUCAACAACUGCUCGUCAAAUCCUUGAAAAUUUGGCCAAUGUUGUACGGUUUCAUGGAUUUAUUCCAAAUUCGGGCAGUGUGCAAUUGUCUCGAAGAAGUCAUCCUCCACUAUUUACGCAAAUGGUCGCGGAUUAUUAUGAUGCUACCGGUAAUAAAACUCUGCUAAAAGAGAUGAUACAGUGGAUGGAUCAAGAGAUGUUAUGGUGGGCAAAAAACCGAGCACUUGAUGUUGAGUUGCCAUCUGGUCAGAAGUAUCAAAUGUAUCAGUAUAAGGCUUUGUCCACGUGCCCACGUCCAGAAAACUACUUAAUCGAUCUGAAUAAUGGAUUAAAAGGCACGGGACAUCCCGAAUUUAUUUGGUCGUCAAUUGCAAGUGCUUGUGAAUCCGGAUUAGAUUUUAGCACAAGGUGGUUUGCACAUCAAGGGAAAUAUUCUGACACCAAAUAUUCGAUCCGGACCAAUGAUAUUAUCCCUGUUGAUUUGAACGUAUUUAUGGCUUGGAAUUUUGCUACUCUUACUAAUUUCCAUGAAAUACUUGGAAGACCCAAAAAGGCAUCUGAAUAUCGUGAACUUCACAAGAGAUUACGUAAAGCAGUGGAUGAGGUUUUCUGGAGUGAAGAUUACGGGGCGUGGUUUGAUUAUGAUUUAAUGGAGCGAAAACUGAGGAGCGGCUUUUACCCGUCUAAUGUUUUUCCACUCCUACUCGGUAGCUAUGGUGCACGCAUAACAAAAAAGGUGCUUAACUAUUUACUCGGAAGUGGCAUUCCGGUGAGUUUAAAUAAUGCUUCGCACGAGCAGUGGGAUUAUCCAAAUGGUUGGCCACCACUCACACACUUGUUUGUGGAAAGUUUGCGGUUAUCAAGAGAUGAAAAACUUGUUAAAAUAGCUGAGAAAUCAGCUUGGAAGUUUAUUCGCACUGCUUAUAAUGGAAUGAUGAAUCCGAAAAAGGGCAUGCCAGCAGCAUGUUGGGAGAAGUACGAUAUUCGAUACGACGAUGGUAGGCCUGGCUCAGGUGGCGAAUAUCCUGUACAACAAGGUUUUGGAUGGACAAAUGGUGCCCUGCUUGAUCUCAUUUACAAAUACGGAAUUCCUAGUCAUACAGUUUCUAGCACGGAGUCAAUAAACUCAUAUAAAUUAUCUACGAAUGGGAAACAGUUCGUUUUCUUGGCUGUUAUAUUAUUUGGAUCAUUAAUACUUUGGUUACUGACAGUUUUUAUGUUUCUCUUGAAGAAAUUUUCCAAUAUUAAAGAUGAAGAAGUACAACUUGUUGAAGCAGUUCGUCUUCUUGAUAAUGAAUGGUAA